AACAACUAAAGAAUUUUUUUCCAAUUUGUUUUCUUUCUGAAAAAUAACAGCUCAGUGGAAGCUGAACUACACCACCAACAAAGACAGUUUGACGAUGUACUUGGCCUGCUGUAGCAGAAUUUACAAAUAAAAUAACUUGUAUGGUGUAUCGUUUAAAGGUUGUAGAUUGGACAGAUGCAUCACAGAGUGUUUACCACCGAUUGACUUGGCUAACAGUCGCAGAACUUUACACACAAAUUAAUGGAAACUGAUGAUGUAAAAAUUCUUCAUCAGUGUGUUGUAUGUGAUGAGAUUUUUCAACAAUAUGAUGAUUUAGAAAAACACAAUAAGAUGCAUGUUAAAGAUGAGAAAACUGAUAAUGUUGAUGAAUAUUGUCAUGUUAAAGAAGAGAAAACCGUUGAUGGAGAUGAAUAUUGUCAUGUUAAAGAAGAGAAAACUGAUGAUGUAGAUGAAUAUUGUCAUGUUAAAGAAGAGAAAACCGUUGAUGGAGAUGAAUAUUGUCAUGUUAAAGAAGAGAAAACUUAUGAUUUAGAUGAAGAUUGUCAUGUUAAAAAAGAGAAAACUGAAGAUGUAGAUGAAUAUUGUCAUGUUAAAGAAGAGAAAACUGAUGAUGUAGAUGGAAAUUUUGAUGUUAAAGCAGAGAAAACUGAUAUUGAAACUGUUUAUCAGUGUAAUUUGUGUGAUGAAGAAUUUAAUUUAGAAACUGAUUUAGAAAAACACUGUGAAAUACAUGUUCGUCAACAAGGGCAAACCAGAGAAAAACCAUAUAAGUGUGAUGUUUGUGGUAAAUCAUUUCAUCAGAAUAGUGGUCUACAGAAACACAUGAGAAUUCAUACUGGUGAAAAAUCUUAUAAGUGUGAUGUUUGUGGUAAAUCAUUUCAUCAGAAUAGUGGUCUACAGAAACAUAUGAGAAUUCAUACUGGUGAAAAACCUUAUAAUUGUGAUGUUUGUGGUAGAUCAUUUAGUCAGCGUUGUACUGUACAGAUUCACAUGAGAAUUCAUACCGGAGAGAUGCCAUAUAAAUGUGAUGUUUGUAAUAAAUCAUUCAAACACAGUUAUGGUAUAAAGAAUCACAUGAAAAAUCAUACUGGCGUAAACACAUAUAAAUGUGAUGUUUGUAGUAAAUCAUUCAAAGAAAACGGUACGUUAUGCCAACACAUGAGAACUCAUAUUGGUGACAAAACUUGUGCUUGUCUUGUGUGUAGAAAAUCUUUUACUUCCAAUAUUCAUCUAUAGAGGCAUAGGAGAGAGAGAAAGAGAAAUGGGGUUUAAAGUCCACUCAUUAGCCCUGUAACACACUCAACCCCACAUACAUAACAGUGGACAAAAAUUCUCAGAAGGUUGUCAUGUGACCCCUUCCUAUAAAAAUGAAAAAAAUAUAUCUUAUAGUUCAUACAAACUUAUGUAAAACUGCAGUGUUAAGUAAGAGAGAGAGAAAUGGGGUUUAACGUCCACUCGACACAAACUAGGUCAUUUUGGGACCAAUAAUUCGCUUGCGCUUAGGGGUCUUUAGCAGUGGGAGGAAACCGAAGGACACGGAGAAAACCCUACUCCUUGUCACGUACAACCAGGGAUUCGAAACCACACCAGUUGACUCAAUGACAGGCUUUAUGAUACAGCGUGCACGUGCUUACCAUUCGGCCAUCCAACCCCCCAGUGUGAAAUGACUCUAGCAUUAAUAUUGACUGAGAUUUUACCUUUUGAAUCGAGGUACCCUUUCGCAUGUUUUGAAACUACUAUUCUAUGACUCGAUUUUAGUGUUCUGAUUUUAUGCCUUCUGGUCAGUCUAUAUUUGUGAAAUGUUGGGGUUCGUAGGUGAACGUUAUAUAGAUUAAGAAUUCGCCAUCAAAUUUUACCGUCAACUGUGUAUGUGGUAAUUUAUUUUAAGAAGCAUCAUGGGAGAUUUGAUAAAGAGUUCACAGUUCUCACUAUAAUAGUUAAACAUACAUUAUGCAAGAGCUAAAUCUGCCUAUUUCAGGUCUUUCUUUAGGCCUGAAAUGUUAUCUGAAUUAUUAAUUAGACAUUAAUUAACUUAUCUAGACCGUUAUCAAUUCUCGAUGUCAUCGUUAGCCUGCUUGAUUGACAGCUUGUAAGUGACAUGUAUUUUGUCUGCUUUCAUGUUUUUGUGCUUUCUGACAGCAUUUUUCAACAUAAACAGACCAAAAUCAUGGGCAUGUGAGACAUAUAAGACUUUUCCUUUUUUUCUUUCAUUUCCUCUUGAGAAUGGCUGGGCUCAAAUGUAUAUACGGCAUUAAUCUAGACCCAUAGAAGAGAUAUUUUAUAUUCCAAUACAUUGGUGUCUGACGUUAACAUACUUUGGAAUUUUAUAUAUUUAUUUGAAUAUAUACAAUGUAUGUGCCACAAGUCCUUUUAAAUAAAUAAUAAAGAUUAUGUUUUGAC